AUGACUGAGAAACUGAAACAAAGGGAGCGAACAAAAUCGCAAAAUUUAAAAGAGGAAAAAGUACCGGAGUUGGCUGCCAAGAUCGACGAGACUGAUGAAAUGAAGCUAAAAAUGCUAGCCGCUUUAGAAAAGCCAGAGCCAGAAGAUCUUUUGUAUCCACCUGAACUUAAUGCGCAUUUGCUUGAACAGCUCAAAGUAAUGACAGCAGACAACAAUGAACUCCGUAAAUGUGUGUUCCUCAAGGACCAGAACAUAGAAGAACUAAAGAAGACUAUAGCAGAUCUGAACCAAAGGAUACGUGACAUAAUAUCCGGGUCAGGUCCAGCGAUUUCCUCAAAAUCCGCUGGCAUUAUUAGUGCAAAGAUUACUGAGCUUUGCAAACAGAAUCGCCAUUUAGUAGCUGAAAUAGAAGGCUACAAAACUAAAAAUGCUGCGUUAGAAAGGAAAGUUAUGCAGUUAGACAUCCUUAACAAAGAACAUGAAAAGCUUGAUACCUGUCUGUGUAAAGACGAACCGGUAGACGUGAAUCCUGAUGAACUUAAAGAACUGAACAGCAAACUUUCUUUAGUCAACAAGAAGCUUUAUGAGAGUAAAAAUAGGAAUCUGGAACUCAAAAAUGAUAUUCUAAUGGCCACAAAAAUCCUUCAGCAGGAGCUAGGAGACAAGUUUACGAGUAUAAAAGAGUUGCAGAACGAUGUGGCUGGCUGGAAAGGGAGGGCACAGCAGAUUGUGUUGUUACAAGCUAAAGUUAGUGAGCUUGAGGAUAAAUUGAGUAGAAAACAGAAAAUCGAAACGAACCCUGAUGUUAAAAGAAAGGACCAAGGACAGAUUAUUCGAGAAUUAGAACAAAGAAAAAGGAAAGAAAUGGAACUCGCGUUGAAAGAUAUAGACAGUCUUAGAGAGGAGAAUCAAGAGUUGAAGAGAAAACUCGAUGGUGCAAGAUGUCGGAUAAAAAAUCUUGAAUGCGAUUCAACAACGAUCAGGCAGAAGAUGCAGACGUUUUUGGAGAAAAGUAGCCAUGAUGAUAUGUUGAUUAAUGAGCAAAGGAAUCAAAUGAAGAGUUCAGAGCUGUAUUACCAAGAAAUUCUCAAAGAAAAUACAUCGAAAAUGAAUAAGAUGAAAGCUGAAAUUGGUGAUUAUCAAAAGCUUAUCAAGAACACUGAUGCCAAAAUAGAUGCUCUUCGAAAACAAGCUUCGGAGAAGACUGCAAAAAUCGAAGAAUUGAGGGCUCAACUAUUGAGAUACGAAGAAUGCUCUUUACAAAGCAUUUUCUUCACACCGAUGAAAACUGCAACAGACAAUGAGAUAAAGAAGCUAUCAGAACUUGUAGUAGUUUUAAACACUAGACUAGACGACGAAAGACACAAAUGGGAGGAACUAGAACAGACUCACAGAAAAUUGAAAGAAAAGAAGAGGCGUUUGGAAAGAAGAGUGAUUACCUUGGAAGAAGAGUUGAGGCAGCUGAAGGAAUCUAGGAAGUCGUCAAAGAUUUCAAAAACUGCCCUGAAAGAACAUACUGAUGGCACCAAUGGGUCCUCUACUUUAAUGCAACGCAGGCAGUCUUCCAUUGGUAAUAUGCACGAAAAAUCAAGUGAGCCUGUAAUUUCUGAUUCGCAACCAGGAGAAGAUCAUCUCGACAAAGAGGAUCUGAAAUAUAAGCUGGAAUUGACUGAAGAAAAGUUAAAAAUAUUAGAGGAUAAACUAAAGAUGAUCGAAGAAGAAAAGCAAUAUGAUUACAAUCAUUUAACUAAUAUGAUUCAAACAUCAAAACAAUUAUUUAAUGAGGCCUUGUCAGUGCUUCAAAAGGAGAAGUGUUUAUGUUCGUAG